UUGGAAAUGAUGCUCAACGACAGCAUAGCGUUGGCCACGAACGUUUCGGAGCCACCUCACGGCAACCACAGCGCCUUCCCCACGCUGAGGCUGGAAUCGCGCUCGCUGGUUACCUCGGCCAGCAUGUUCGCCGUGGGUGUCCUGGGGAACCUGAUCGCGAUUGUGGUGCUGUGCAUCUCCAAGAAGGAGCAGAAGGAGACAACGUUCUACACGCUGGUGUGCGGCAUGGCCAUCACGGACCUGCUGGGGACGUGCUUCACCAGCCCGGUGGUGAUCGCGACCUACGUGGCGGGUCGGUGGCCCGGCGGAGCUCUUCUGUGCCAUUUCUUCUCUUUCUCCAUGCUCUUCUUCGGCUCCGCCGGCAUGUCCAUCCUGUGCGCCAUGGCCGUGGAGAGAUACUUGGCCAUCAACCACGCCUACUUCUACUCCCAGCACAUUGACAGGACCAUGGCUCGCUUCGCCCUCCUCGCAGUCUACCUGGCCAACAUGGUCCUGUGCGUCAUGCCCAGUUUCGGCUUCGGCCAGCACGUCAGACACUAUCCGGGAACUUGGUGUUUCCUGGACUGGAGGGCGACGGAUCCCCUGGGCGCCUGCUACUCCUUCCUCUAUGGCGGGGCGAUGCUGCUGCUCAUCGCCGUCACGGUGCUCUGCAACCUGGCCGUGUGCAGAUCUCUGGUGGGGAUGAACCAGAGGACCGGGAUCGUGCGGACCGAGGCGUGCGAGCAGGGCGGCUCCAGGAGACGCUUCCCCCGACUGCAGUCGGUGUCCUCGGCGGCGGAGAUCCAAAUGUUCUGGCUGCUGGUUUUCAUGACCAUCGUUUUCCUGGUGUGCUCCAUCCCUCUAGUGGUGAGAAUCUUCGUGAACCAGAUUUACGGCCCUGCUUAUAUUUCCGCCGGAGGGAAGCCCGACUACCGCAGCGACCUGUUGGCAAUUCGCUUCGCCUCCUUCAACCCCAUCUUGGACCCGUGGGUUUACAUCUUGUGCCGGAAAAACCUACUCCUUAAGGGCUGCGGGAGGCUGAAGCGGGCGGUGACACGGGUGAAAGACACCGGUGGGGACGAUAUAGGCUGGGUCGGAGGUCAAGACUCGCCUCCGUCUUUCAAAACGAACGACACCAGCUACGCAUCGAUACGCAGGAAUGACGCGGAGCGGCGUUCGGCCGGCGGGGAUGCGCAAUCCUUCACCAACUUCGCCAUGAGGCACGCAUGGGACUACGACACAGCUCAGGUCGACUUCCACCCGUUCAGCGUGGAAGCGAGCGCGGUGCCCGGAGGCAAGGACGAAGCAGAGGCUGACGUGAAGCAGCAGCAGCAGCAGCAGGAAGAUUCAGCGGAGGCCUCACCGGGACGCUCCACUUCUGCGCAAGUUAGGAGAGGAGAGAUGGUCACGUGCAUGUUCAGCACUCCGAGUUCCUGUCAAUCACUUAAAUGCCUCUAAUGUCGUGUUUUCCAACCUUUACUGAGCCAAUGCACAUAUUUCAUAUUUGAAAACUCUGAACGGCACACACUAAAAAGAUGACGACCUUGAACCUGCACUGUGGAGCAACUGGUUAGAGCGUUGGCCUCACAGUUUUGAGGACCAGGGUUCAAAUCCUGGCCUUGCCCUAUGUGGAGUUUGCAUGUUCUCUCCAUGCCUGCGUGGACUUUCUUCGUGCACUCCGGUUUCCUCACACAUCCCAAAAACAUGCAUUCACUGGAGACUCUAAAUUGCCCCCAAGUGUGAUUGUGAGUGUGAUUGUUGUUUGUCUCCAUGUGCCCUGUGAUUGGCUGGUGAUCAGUUCAGGGUGUACCCCGCCUCCUGGCUGAUGACAGCUGGGAGAGGCUCUGGCACUCCCAUGACCCUUGUGAGGAUAAGCAUCUCAGAAAAUGGAUGGAUGAAUGUACCUGCUGUCAUCUUUUAGAGGACUGUUUAUAUUUUUGACCAUGACUACAUGUCACUGGUAUAGAUUGUAGUAAAUAAAAAUGUUCAAUUGGAUAAUUUCCACUCACAUCUCACUAACAUGUUGCUGCACAGUAGUUGGUAAACACCGAUAAAAAUGACCUCAUUUAUACUUCCGUCUUCUUCUGCAGCUUGCAUGAAUGUACCACACCACUCAAGGUACAUGUGCACAUUGCAACAACAUCCGACAUAAGAGAUUUACAAAGAAAAUAAUAAUAAUAAUACUCAGUUUUGAUGAACAUUGCCUCACAGUGAGGGGGAUUUGUAAUAUUUGGCUUACAUUAUUGAGCUACAUGAAAUAUGAAGAUCUGGAAUUGAACAAUAUGAUCAUAAGGCUUUUGUUCCUGAUGUUGAUAAAAACUGAGCAUUAUGAUUCUUAUAUGGGCAGAAUUUCUGAUACAGUUCUUGGGCUGGAUUGGACUAACCCGUGCGGAUAUGAACUAAUGUUGUAACUGGGCUUUUUUUCCCCCCUUAUGCUUAGGAUGAAGGGUUGUCAGAUAUGACCAUUUACCUCAUAGUGAAAUAACAAUGCAGACAUGAACCCCACACGACAAAUACUAUUUUGACUAUAUUAUUUUUAUACAGCCUUUUGUAUUGAUCUCAUUAGAUUGGACGGUUUAU